GACAGACCGCAGGUUUUUCUUAAGCUGGACGUGAAAAAUGCCUUCAAUUCUCUCGACAGGAAUCGCAUUUUGGAAGCUACAGAAGAGUUUUUACCAACAUACUCACUGUACGUGCGCCAGUGCUACGGUGAACCGUCAGUACUGCUCCAUGGUGGCUACCAAAUUUCGUCGCAAGCGGGCAUACAGCAAGGCGAUCCCCUCGGCCCGCUACUGUACUGUCUAGCAACAAUCGGCCCACAUAAAAACCUCAAAUCGAAGUUAAAAGAAAGUUUCCUCGACGAUGACGCGCUUGGUGGUGACCCAGAUGACGUCUACGACGACCUGUGUUUCCUAAAGGAAGAGCUGGAAAUGCGCGGCCUGGCGUUGAAUAUCGCGAAAUGCGAAUUGGUUGUUGUGGGAGGCACCGAAGAUGAACGCCAGACUGUUAUCACAGCCUUCCUCCAGUCUUUUCCCGAUCUCCAGUGCCCACAGUUGGGCGAGCUGCAGUACUUGGGCGCUCCACUCCACGAUGCUGCCGUGGCGGGGGCGCUUACCACAGCGACAGCACAAAUUGCCCGAAUUGUGCGGCGACUGAAAUUACUACCGGCUCAUCACGCCCUGUACCUACUGAAAUGCAGCAUGGGACCGGUAAGAAUGACAUAUAAGUUGCGCACUGCUCGGUGUUAUCUACAGAGAGGACUACUGACCGAAUUUGACGUAAUGAUUCGUGAAUGCCUUUCGGCAAUCACCAACGUGAACAUCACCGACGUGAACUGGGUGCAGGCAUCCCUUCUAGUUGCAGAAGGUGGUCUCGGUAUCCGGAGUAUUAAGAAGCUUGCUCUUCCGGCCUUCUUGGCCUCGGCUUACUCAGUGACCCGACUGGCAACCGAAAUAACCGACUUCGAUCCGGAAGUGUACUGCGGCACCGCCGAAGCUGAGUGGCAGCGUGUAACGGAAGCCGAUCUUCCAGCUGUGGAAGCCCGAAAAUUUCAGAAAAUGUGGGAUGAACCAGUCAUCCAAACUUCCGUAAAGAUGCUUUCUGAAAAGGCCCAGUCCGACAUUUCUAGCCAAGCACGGCUUCUGGGUGUUAGCACCAAGGACAACGGAGCAUGGCUGGAUGCACUUCCAGCUGCAUCACUGGGAAAUCUGCUGAACGACUCUGCAUUAAGAAUCGCUGUUGGCCUGCGUCUUGGAACAGCGAUCGUUACUCCGCACCGAUGCAUUUGCAGUGAAUGGGUGGACGCACGAGGCUACCACGGCUUGAGCUGUAAGAAAAGUCGGGGCCGGAAGUCACGACACAGCAGCUUAAACGCGACGCUCAAACGAGCCUUCGCCUCCGCCACCAUUGAGACUGAACUCGAGCCUUAGGGUUUAUCGCGAACCAACGGCAAACGCCCAGAUGGAGUCACCUUAGUGCCAUGGGAACGAGGCAAGAUGUUAACAUGGGAUGUGACAUGUGUGUGUACAAUGGCCUUAUCACAUAUCGCAGCAACAUCCACGCAAGCCGGCGCAGCAGCGGCUCAGGCCGAACGGAAGAAAAUUGGGAAGUACCAGAACAUCACGCAGGACUACC